AUGGAGUUGGUCGAUACCUUGUCGAGUGCGGUCGUUGUGGAUGCAGGUGACCUGGAUGGCGAUGGUGCGACAGACCUACUUACCGCCUACGUUGCAAACCAGGGUGUGAGGUUCUACCGGAAUACCGGCAUUCCCAACAUUAUUUCCUUUGAUACUUCGACAAUUCUCUCGGUCCAGAUCAGCUCGAUCCGUUCUGUCAUCAUUCAUGAUGUGGAUGGUGAUGGUCAUCUGGACUUUGUUCACGCCUCUUCAAACACCGUAUACGUGGCUUACAACUUUGGCCUUUUGGCUGGUGAAAAGGCCGAUGAGCUGUUUACCCACCCCAGAAAGAUCAUGGGUGACUUUGGCAGCAUCUACUCUCUGGCCGUCGGCUCGCUUGAAGGCGAUCAGAGCAAGACUGACGUUGUUGUUGCCGAUUACAGUAGCGGCAAGGUGUACGUGUGCUAUGGGCACCCGACUUCGGUGGGAGGUGGUUACGCUCUAGACGCGGUUGCCAUCGCCGAGCUCACUCAGCCUAACGAUGUUCUGGUGGCUGACGUGGGUGGCGAUGGCAGUCCGGACGACGUGGUGGUGGCCGGGCAGAACGAGGUUGUUGUGCUUGUCAACGAUGGCAGUGGCGUCUUCUCCUCAUUGGUUGUCACGUCUACGAACGCGCGCGAGGUGGCGGCUUACGACUUUACCGGCGAUGGCCUCCUCGACCUUGUCUUCCGCAAGUCGAACGACGUUGUGCUUGCGAUCAACGACGGCGGAAGCGGGACGAUGCCGUUUGCGGAGCAGGUUAAGGUUUAUGACUCGGUGAUUGAGAUCCGUGACAUCGAGGUUGUUGAUGGCAAUGGUGACGGGCGGCCGGACGUGGUGCUCGUCGAUUCGAACUUGCACAGGGUGGAUGUGCGGAUGAACGUGGGCAACGACGCAGAAGGUCGGCCGUACUUUGCACCGCUGUUUGAGGUCACACCGACAGCUUCAGCGGUGUAUGGGGUCAUUGCCUUUGACGCCGAUGGCGAUGGCGAUCCCGACGUGGCGGCUGCUUCGGGCGACGCUGUAGUGUGGUACGAGAAUGUGCAGCCGAGUGGCAAGUACCUCGAGCUGGUUGGCCCGUAUGAUGUUGGUGUGGCAACGAGCGCGCGCGGGCUUGCUGCGGGCCAUUUUGCGGGCUCUGCGUCGCUCGACAUUGCGGUUGCAUCGCAUAGUUCGCACGUCGUCCGCUACUUUGUCAACACGGAUGCCGCCGACGCCAACACUCGGUUUUCGCAGCUCGGCCAGUUUGCGGUGGCGAACGUGGAACGUGUCCGACUGGCCGAUUUGAACGGCGACGGGUUUUUGGACAUGGUGACGAGUCGGCGCAACGCGCCCUCGGUAGUGGUCUGGCACGCGCACGACGGGCAGCUGGCUAGCCCGACGUUUGCGAGCCAGAGUCCGGCGAUUCUGGGCAUGAACGACAUCCGGGACGUGGCGGUGGGCCGGAUCAACAACGAUGCACACAUUGACGUUGUCGCGUGCGGAUCGAACAGCAACCGCAUCGCGUGGGCGCCCAACGAUGGCGCUGGCAACUUUGGCGCCGAGGUGGUGGUGUCGACGGCGCACAGCAGUCCGAUUGUGGUCCGGCUCGCCGACAUCGACAACGACGGCGAUUUCGACUUGCUGGUUGGGUGCUACGCGACCGGGAAUCAGGCCAAGGUGUUCAGCAAUCCUGGGAACGGAGUCUUUGAGGCACCACAGGAGUAUAUUGGCUCGGGUGGGUACGUGAACUCUAUGGAUGCCGCUGACCUGGACGGCGAUGGCCUGGUCGACCUCAUUGUGGGCGGGCAGAAUGGAAACUCAGUCCGUCUCCAUCAAGGCACUGGGCCGGUGUCGUGCGGCGGGCCGCUACCGGCACCGGCCAAUGGCGGCGUCUCGUGCUCGGGAACGACUGGCGGUGAGACGUGCACGUUCUCGUGCUCGUCGGGCUAUGCAAUUGUGGGGCUGGGGGUGCGGGAGUGCGACCCGAGGUCCGGAACCUGGAGCGGAUCGGCAUCGGCGCAGUGUGCAAUGACGGACCCGGCGGCGUCGUCGGUGGUGGCGACGACGGAGCUGAUGAGCACCCAGGGAAGGCUCGAUGUGGAGCGGCUCCUGGCGCAGGGCGUGGUGGUCCAUCCGCCAUACACACUCAUCAACGAGACUGUGACUUUUGCGGUGCAGACGAUGGCGACGGGCGGGUACGCUGUUGACCUUUCGAGCCAUGACGUGAUCACCGUUGAUGGAGUGCCGAGCGCUGUUGCGUCGCACAUGACGAACGGGUGGUGGGAAGUGAGCAUCCCAGGCGAGGUUGUGGGCGACGUGAGUGGGCCGAAGAGCUUUACGGUCCGUGUCAACGGUGGUCUGGUGGGCGGCGGGAAUCCUGUGGUUGUGGAAGUGCUACCGGCGGCGACGGUGGCGACAGCAUCGACGGCAUCAGGCGAUGUAUCGUCGGUGUUUGCGGAGCGCAUGGCGAACGUGACAGUGACGGCGCGCGAUGCCGGAUCGAACCGCCGGCUGCUGGGCGGCGACGGGCCUGUUGUGGUGCUGAAGAACUUGCGGGAGAGCUUCCCGACAACACUGGUAGACCACGGGAACGGCGAGUACACGCUGACGUACGUACUCAGUUCUCCCGGGCUUUACACGCUCAUUGUGUCGAUUAAUGGCGACCCGAUCGCAGGUGCGCCGUUUGUAGUCUCGGUUGAGUCGUAUUGUGUGGUAGGCACGUUUUCGCCGACGCGGACAGACAACUGCGUGCCGUGUGGGCGCGACACGUACUCUGCCGAACCGAACCAACUGACGUGCGAGGAGUGUCCCGAAGGGACGUCGACGCAUGGGCUGGAAGGCGCGGAGUCGCGGGCCAACUGCACGUGCCUGGUCAACAACUACAGCCUUGAAGGGCCUGGAACGAUUUGUAAGGCGUGCCCUGUGGGAGCGACGUGUGCGGGCGGCGAAGAGCUGCCUGUAGCGGUGCCCGGGUACGCGGCGACGUCUGCGGACACAUUUGCGCCGUGCCCGCGGCGCGGCGCAUGCCUUGGUCAGCGGUGUUCGGCGGGGCAUGAGGGCUUUCUCUGCUCUGCGUGCUCAGAGGGGUACUACUCUGCGAGUGAUCAGACGUGCCGAAAGUGCCCCAAGAGCUCUGGAGGCCUGUUCGCGCUCCUUGUGAUCCUUGUGGUGCUUGGUGCUGUGGUUGGGGCGCUGGUGCUGUAUGUCAUGUUUGUGCGGCGAAAGAUGGCGGAGAUGGAGGACCGCAACCUGAGCGCGGCGGAGCAGGAGGCACGGUGGCGUGCGACGCCAAAUGGCGGGCGGUCACGGCUCUUCCCGCCGUCGAUCUCGCUGGCUGUUGUGGGUGCGCAGAUGCUGGGCCUCUUUGGCUCUGUCAACUUUUCGUGGACGUCGACAGCGGGGUCGCUGCUCAACGUUUUCAACGUGUUCUCGAUCGACGUCAACCUGUUCGCCACGCAGUGCUCGACCAAGUCGUGGGCAGCAACGUAUCUUGUCUCGCUCUUCCUGCCUGCGGUGCUCUUUGCGCUUGUGCUCGGUUUUAUGUACCUGUUCUUUUCGGUCCUCCCGUUUGUGAUCCGGCCGUGUGCCGAGCUGCAGCAGAUCUCACUCAAGCCUGUGGCACUCUUCCUCACGUACACACUCGGGGCGAUCCUGUACAUUCCGCUCUCGCAGUCGUCACUGCUGCUAUUCGACUGCACCAAGCUCCGCAAUGGGCGGUGGAUGCUGGACGCGGACCUGUCUGUGGCGUGUUUUGACGAGACGUGGUGGUCGAUCUUUCCGUUUGGGCUUGCAGGAGUGCUCGGCUACAUUGUGGGCAUUCCUGGGAUCAUUGCGUACACGCUGUACCGCCAUCGGCACGUGCUGUUCUCGAUGCGAACGAUGCGGCGGUAUGGCAUGCUCUACCGGCUGUACCGGUCGCAGUACUACUACGCGCUCCUGCCGCUGCUCGGCAAGCGGCUGUUCAUUGUCAUCCUCACGCUCUUCCUCUCGCGGUCGGUGACCAUUCUCAUCUCACUGCUUAUUCUCACCUUUGUGGUCUCGAUGGCGGUAUUCUUCUACUAUGAGCCGUACUUUUACCCGAUGUACAACCAGAUGGAGCAGUGCCUCACCGGGUGCAUUCUCGGUGUGCUCCUUGCGGCCAACAUGAUGCAUGCCGGCAAUCUCGAGCCGUCGGACAAGCGGACGAUUGUGGUCGAGGCCUUUGUGGUCAUCCUUGUUGUCGCCUUCCUCCUCUUCUCGGCCUACUUCAUCUUCAUAGACGUCCGCGAGAUCUACGCCCAUCGGACGGCGGGCUUCUCGGCGCCGAAUCCCCAGUCUAAGCGGGUGCAGGCGUGGCUGGCACGCAACGCGCGCGACGUCGACUCGCAUCGGAUGCCCGAGGUGGUCGACGUGCUCACGAGCGUGGUCGGAUCUGGAGAGCAGGCCAGCAGGGGUGGCAAGGCCGUGGAGAGUGGCACGCGGAACGAGGUGAUAGUCUCGGCGGUGCCGGCGCAUGUGCGAGGCGCGAAUGACGCGGCAACGAUGGGCACUUUUGACUCGCUCGAGCUGGAUGAGAUGGAUGUGCUGCUAGCGGGCGAGGCGCCGUCGCAGCCCGCGCCGGUGGAGCUUGUCAAGCCGCCCAAGCCGGUGCCUCCUCCACGACCCAAGGCACUGGCGGGAGAAGUGGCGGCGAAGGCAUCUGUCGAGUCGUCCUACUCGUCGUCGUCAUCAUCAUCAUGAGGCGUAGCAUGAGGCCUUUUUACUUGGACGGCGCCGGUUUGGCGUGGAGGUGGGAGAGAAUGGCGUGUGCGGUGUUGCGGAUGGUGUCGUUGUCGUCGGCGGCGAGACCGGCAAAAAAGGCGCGAGCUGAAGCGUGCUCGGGCUCAGAGGCGAGGGUAAAGGCCUUGAACUCGAGGAAAGAG